AUGGGCUCAGAAACCACACCACAACUUCCACUAAUUGACUUCAAUAACCUCAACUUAGAAACCAAAAGUCCCAAUUGGGAGUUAGUGAAGUCCCAAGUUUACAAAGCACUAGUAGAAUAUGGUUGUUUUGAAGCAAUUUUUGAUAAAGUUUCUUUAGACCUUCGCAAAGCCAUAUUUGAUUCACUAGAAGAGCUUUUUGAUCUCCCUUUACAAACCAAGCAACUCAAUGUUUCUAAGGAGCCUUAUCAUGGUUAUAUUGGUCAAUAUCCUGUGGUUCCACUUUAUGAAAGCAUAGGCAUUGAUGAUGCAAAUGUUUUUGAGGAAGUCAAAAGCAUGACCAACAUCUUGUGGCCACAUGGAAACCAAAGUUUUAGUAAAACUAUACAUUCAUUCUGUGAAGAGCAAACAGAGUUGGAUCACAUUAUUAGAAAGAUGAUUUUUGAGAGUUUAGGUGUUGAAAAGUACUUGGAGGAACACAUGAACUCAACCAAUUACCUUCUUAGGGUUAUGAAAUACAAAGGACCUCAAACAAGUGACGCAAAACUAGGUCUUAGCAAACACAGUGACAAGAAUGUUGUGACCAUAUUGUACCAAAAUCAAGUGGAGGGUUUGCAAGUUAUGACCAAAGAUGGUAAAUGGAUAAGCUACAAGCCUUCUCCUGGCAAUUUUGUAGUUAUAAUUGGUGAUUCUCUCCAUGCAUGGUCAAAUGGGAGGUUGCAUCCCCCAAUUCAUCGGGUGAUGAUGAGGGGGAAUGAGGCUAGAUAUUCGACAGCCUUGUUCUCUAUCUUUAAAGGAGGGAGCAUUAUAAAAGCUCCGGAGGAGUUGGUGGAUGAGGAACACCCUUUGCUCUUUAAGCCCUAUGAUCGUGUUGAGUUUCUCAAGUAUUAUUUCUCUGAAGAAGGCCAAAGGGAUCAAAAUGCUUUGCGCACUUUUUGUGGUGUUUGA